AUGGGCGCGGAAGGCGCGCAGGUAAACCACAAACACCCAUGGGCUCCAAUCAGAGCAGCCCUCUGCAGCACCACAGCACCUCCUACUGUUAUAGCAGUGCAGCACAGGCAUGGACGACCAGUGCUGGUCUUUCCCCUGCCGUCACGCAAUGAACUGUGUCGUUUUUCCGUGAGGCCUAUGCUGAUGACCGUCGGCGACUUGAUAUCUGAUAUCCAACGGGAAGACCCUGGGGUUACCAUGGUGAAGAUUCUCACAGCAGACGGAGGAAAGUUCUCGUCCACCACUUUUAUGGACACAGUGUUGAGCUCAGACUUUCAACUCGUCAUAAACGAUGUCGUCUACAGCGUUCACUCUCCCACCAGAGACAGAGAAUCUCAUGAGCACGUGACUGAGCUGGAGGAUGUUAAGACUCUUGUUCACAUGUUGCACGUGGCACUGAACCUUCCUGAACAUCACAUGUUCAAACAGAAACAGCUACUUGAGAGACAGGAUGCACUAAGACUGCAGCUACAACCUCUGGAGAAGAAGAGAGCUCAGCUGGCACGGAAAGCAGACAGGAAAGCCAUGUUGUGGGCGUAUGGGGGCCUGGCGUUCCUGUCGGUGCAAGGGGGUGUCCUGGGAUGGCUGACAUGGUGUUUGUUUUCCUGGGACGUCAUGGAACCUGUCACCUAUUUUCUCACAUACGCCACCAGCAUGUGCUUCUUUAGCUACUACAUCCUGACCAAACAGGACUGCAUCUACCCAGAUGCCAAAGACAGACAGUUUCUUCAGGUCUUCUACAGAAGAGCCGAGAUAGAGAAGUUUGACGUGGGAAAAUACAAUCAGCUAAAGAACGAACUGGCAAUGGUGGAGAAUGACUUGAAACGACUGAGGAGUCCAAUCCAACUACAACUGCCCGUGGAACAGUUGCAACAAUGAAUGUGUCCUCUGCCCAUAACUCACGA